AUGAAUAAUAAGUUAAUACUUUGGAAAGUAACAAAAAAUAUUGUUCUAAAGUUAUAAAUCGUUGUCUCUUCAUUUUAAUCUGUUUACAUUUACAUUAGUGAAGAAAUUGAUAAAAAUAUUGAAAGUAUAAUCGAAAUCUUUUCUAAAUUAUUUAAAAAUGCAGAAAUGAAAGGCCUUAAGUUAUUUAAUGCUAUAAAAUAAGAAAACAGCAACAUAUUCAUUAUUAAUAAACUUAUUUAUGGAUAUCCUUUCAGUGAUACUGAAAUUAAAAUCAAAAUAGACUUUACUGCAAAUCUUAUAAUUUCCCAAUAAUAAAACUUUGCUUUAUAUUCGUUGUAUAAAAAUCCAUAUACUGUUAGCGGAAAACAUAUUAAGAAUAUAAUUAAUAUUAUCAAGCUAAAAGUUCUUAUUAUAUACAAUUCUUAAGAGCUUUCACACUAUAAACUUAAAUCAAUUAAAGAGUAUGAUUUUUCUUUUUCUAGUUUAAGGCAAAAAAAGCUUGAGAGACACUAUUCUAACAAGAUAGAGCAAAUUAUUAAAGAAAUAAAUACUGCGAAAGAGCAUGCAGUAAUUGGAACAAGAAAAAUAAAUAAUAAAUUAGAGAACCCCACACUUGUAUAGAUUAAGUUAUAUUAAGAAAUCAGGCAACUUAAGGAAAAAAAUUAUGAGCUAAGUGGAUUAUACAUUAGGAUCUAAAAUGAAAAAAGAGUUGAAAUCACAUCUACUUUUGUAAGUUGGUUAGAUAUAAUGAAAACUUAGACAUGA